GGGGGACCUGGGGUAACUUGGUCGGCUAAUUCACCCCCGUCCCGGGCAUUCUUUAUCUAUAACCACCCAUCCUUUGGAAAAGGCCGACGCGAGAAAAUAGAAAAAGCGGGGCAGGGCAAAAGUGGGGACGACGGACGGGUAAACCGUCAGCUGGUCCGGUGCGCACGCUCUUCUUGAUAAAAGGGACGAUAGGAGGUUCGCCCGGCACUCGUCCGCCUCGCCACCCAUCGCAGCUACGACCGACGAUGGACCUCAAGUACCAGAACGGGUUUGGCAACCACUUUGAGUCCGAGGCCGAGCCCGGAAGCCUUCCGAAGCGCGGCAACGCUCCCCAGCGGCCUGCCCAUGGCCUCUACGCCGAGCAGGUCAGCGGCACGGCCUUCACGGCGCCGAGACACAAGAACCAGCGCAGCUGGCUGUACCGCAUUCGCCCCUCGGUGCAGCACAUGCCCAUGGCACCGUACGCGCACCCGCGCCUCGUCGCCUCCUUCCACUCCUUCUCACCAAGCAUCGAGGCGACUCCCCAGCAGCUGCGCUGGGACCCCCUCGCCGUCGCAGACGAAGCGCAGCACGACUUUGUCGACGGCCUCUCGACCCUCGGCGGCGCAGGCGACAGCCAGGUCAAGGACGGCCUCGCCAUCCACUUCUACAGCUUCACCCGCAACAUGGACCGCAAGAGCUUCUACAACUCCGACGGCGACAUGCUCAUUGUCCCCGUCACGGGCGAGCUGCUCGUCAGGACCGAGUUUGGCAGGCUGCACGUGCCGCCGCUCCACAUCUGCGUCGUCCAGCGUGGGCUCAAGUUCAGCGUCGACGGCGUCGCUGCCCAGUCGGCUGCCGGUGCUGCCGGUGCUGCCGCCAGCGCCUGCCGCGGCUUCGUCUGCGAGGUGUUCAAGGGCCACUUUGAGCUGCCGGAGCUGGGGCCGAUUGGCGCCAACGGCCUGGCGAACGCCAAGGACUUUGAGAGCCCUGUGGCGGCGUACGACGACGACGUCGAGGAGGAGCACCUCGUCGUCAACAAGUUCCUCGGCGGUUUAUUUCAGUACCGCCAGGCGCACUCGCCGUACGAUGUUGUUGCCUACUCGGGCAACUAUGUGCCGUACCGCUACGACCUGCGCAAGUUCAACACCAUCGGCUCCAUCUCCUUUGACCACCCGGACCCGUCCAUCUUUACCGUGCUGACCUGCCCCUCGGACUCGGCGGGGACGGCGAUUGCCGACUUUGUCAUCUUCCCGCCGCGCUGGCUCGUCGCCGAGGACACGUUCCGGCCGCCGUACUUCCACCGCAACUGCAUGUCCGAGUUCAUGGGCAACAUCGUGGGCACCUACGACGCCAAGGCGACUGGCUUCCUGCCUGGGGGUGCCUCGCUGCACAACAUGAACUCGGCCCACGGGCCCGACGCCGACACGUUUGCAAAGGCGAGCACGGCAGAACUCAAGCCGGUGAAAGUGGGCGAGGGCAGCAUGAGCUUCAUGUUUGAGUCGGCCUACCAGCUUGCGACGACCAAGUGGGCCAUCCGCGAGAGCGGCAAGCUGCAGCAGGACUACUGGAAGGCGUGGCAGGGCCUCGAGAAGCACUUUGUCGCUCCUGGCCCUGCUCCUUAGGAUACAACCCUUGAGAUGAAAUCUCAAUUCAUUUGCUGCCUCUCCCUCUACAUCAGCCUGGACAAGGAUCUCAUUUGCUGCCAUUCUCUUUCUACAUCA